AUUUCAGUGCGCAUCUCCACUCCGCAUGACAUCAUUUAUUUAAUUCGACCACACCCGAGAAUUUAUCGCACAUCCAGGGCGUGAAUUAUCGCACAAUUUCCCAUUAUUGCUUGUAUCGGCAUCGUAUCACGUUGUAUUGCCUGUGUUUUUUGAUAGAAAGUAUUCCUCAUUAUAUUGCAAAUAUGAUGUGCAGUGAUUUCAUGCUACGUAUAUGCUUCAAUAAUCCGUGUGAAAAGCAUCAUGUGGUUCAAAUUUGCCAAAACUCAUCUUGUAACGGAAAUAAACUUUGCAAAAAAGUGCAUCUCAAAUGGACUGAUGAAAAUCAACGUCAUCAUGAAAUCCUUGAAAUUUUUGAAAAUAUACGACCCUUUCGAGAAUCCAUUGAUCAAGAAAUGACACGAUUGGCAUGGCUUUUAAGAGAAACUUUCCCAACGAAAUUAAAGGCACACACCUGCACCUUGAAUAUGUUGGGCAAAUGUAUGUGGAAUUGUUUGACUUGCGGAACAGCUCCCAGAGAUAUGAGCACACCAGUAUGCAAGAAAUGCUAUGUCAUGCUAAUGCAAGGAAACAUUGUGGUGCUGAGAUGUGGUCACGCAUAUUGCAAAUAUUGCUUAGACACCAUUUCAAUGCAAAUAAAGAAUUCAAUCCCUGUUUACCUUUGUGAACAAUGUAAUCAAUGGAAAAGUGUUGCUGUAUCCGAUUGAACAGAUAGAACAAAUAUAAAAACAAAUAGGGAACAGAUGCCAAAAAAGUUUCUAUCCUUUAUAACUAAUUGUUUUAAUAUGAUAUG